CCAUCUUUGCUACAAUCCCUACCGCUCCACUAGUAGCCGCUGGGCGAGCGAGCUAGCUUCCAGCAGCUGCUGCUCAGGCGCCAUAGGGAAAACCUGUACUUUAAUGCCCGAUCUAAAAGAAAACAGGCAUUUAGCUACAAUAUUCUCCAACAUGAAACCUUUUUUGCGUUCUUGAGAUGAUUUGGAGUAAAAAGUACGUCGUUCCGGACGAGGAGGUUCGGCGGCUUUCAAGCUCCCAACUUUAGACAGCUAGCUUAUGCUAAGCCGACUCGUACUUGGCAACCGGUGCCGCCGCCAGAAGUCAUCCAGCAGUCAUGUUUCAAACGGAAACACACAUAUCGUGCCUUUUCCCGGAAAUCUUGGCCAUUAUUUUCAGUUACUUGGACGUUAAGGACAAAGGCAGGGUAGCCCAAGUAUGCGCGGCCUGGAGAGACGCUUCCUACCACAAGUCUGUGUGGAGGGGGGUGGAAGCUAAGCUCCAUCUACGGAGAGCCAACCCUUCUCUGUUCCCGAGUCUGCAGACCAGAGGGAUCAAGAAAGUUCAGAUCCUCAGCCUGAGGCGAAGCCUGAGCUACGUGAUUCAGGGGAUGCCGCAGAUCGAAAGCCUUAACUUGUGUGGAUGCUUCAACCUCACCGACAACGGUCUGGGGCAUGCCUUUGUGCAGGACAUCCCAUCCCUGCGGGUCCUGAACCUUAGCUUGUGUAAGCAGAUCACAGACUCCAGUCUGGGCAGGAUCGCUCAGUACCUGAAGAACCUGGAGGUGCUGGAGCUGGGUGGGUGCAGCAAUAUCACGAACACUGGCCUGUUGCUCAUCGCCUGGGGGUUGCACCGACUCAAAAGCCUUAACCUUCGCAGCUGCAGGCAUGUAUCAGACGUGGGCAUUGGUCACCUCUCUGGAAUGACCCGCAGUGCUGCAGAGGGCUGCCUAACUCUGGAGAAGUUAACCUUACAGGACUGCCAGAAGCUGACAGAUCUUUCACUUAAACAUGUUUCAAAGGGUCUAAACAAGCUCAAAGUGCUGAACCUCAGCUUCUGUGGGGGGAUAUCGGAUGCAGGGAUGAUCCACCUGUCACAGAUGACCCAGCUCUGUAGCCUGAACCUGCGCUCCUGCGAUAACAUCAGUGACACAGGGAUAAUGCAUCUGGCUAUGGGCUCCCUCCGGCUGUCCGGCCUCGAUGUCUCUUUCUGUGAUAAGAUCGGAGACCAGAGCCUGGCUUACAUCGCCCAGGGCCUGUAUCAGCUCAAGUCUCUCUCUCUGUGCUCCUGUCACAUCAGCGAUGACGGGAUUAACCGAAUGGUGCGCCAAAUGCACGAACUGAAAACUCUGAACAUUGGGCAGUGUGUGCGAAUCACAGACAAAGGUUUGGAGUUAAUAGCUGACCAUUUGACUCAGCUGACAGGGAUUGAUCUGUAUGGUUGCACUAAGAUCACCAAGAGGGGUCUGGAGAGGAUAACGCAGCUCCCGUGCCUUAAAGUAUUAAACCUCGGGCUGUGGCAGAUGACAGAGAGCGAGAGAGUGAGGUGACAGAUUGUGUGCAUUUCAUCGUGUAUGGUGCUGUUGUUCACCUGUAUGCAUCCUUAAUAAAGCCUCCUAAACUAUACAAGGAGGAACUGAAAUGGGAUCAUGUCUUUCACAGUAUCUAGAUUUUUUUUACCCCAAAAUUUUGAUAGACUCUUGCUUUGAUAAACCUGGAGCCUGUGUACAUUCUGACCACCCAGCUACCUCGCCCACUGAACACAGGAGUGCCUACUAGAUAGUAUAUUUUUUAGAGAUUUUUUUUUUUUUACAUUAAGACACUUGUAAAUUCAGAAGUAAAAAUAGAGUUUUUAUUGCAGACAAAAAGGUUGCAGUUUUCCUGGACAUAACGGUUUUAAUUUCUGUUUUUUUGUUUGAAUAUUCUUGUUUGUACAGAAUGACCGUUGCUGACAAAGUUGUGCUUCAAAUUGAAGUGAGUGGAUCACUCCUGCCUCUUUUCACUCCUGUACAUCUUUUUAUUUGUGUGAGGUUUCUAAGGAGAUCAUUUAAAACAUGGAUUUUGCCACCACAGCAACAAUAAGGAGUUAACGGCUACACAGAUUAUAUGCAAUUACUGUUCUUCAUUCUUUUGUCUUUUUGCCUGAAGAGCUUUCAACCAUAACGCCAGAGUAUUUGUCCAAGCAAACAGUAAUUUAAGAUGUUUUAUAUUCAUAAAAUAGUGGUAUUUAUGAAUAAAGAAUAUAAA